AUGAAUUUGAUCCUAUUCGGACUUGGUCUUUUGCUUCUGGUAGCCGAUGCGACCGCUCAGAUUCGAACGAAAGGUGGAACUCUUAUUGUAAGUUUGCUUUAUAUCAUCUUUUUUUACCAAUAAUCUCCUUUUUUCAGGCAAAAGAAGGUGAAUCUCUAACUCUCCGGUGUGAGGUGGUAGAUGCGUCGGCGGCGAUCAUUUGGCGUAAAAACGAGGAUGUGGUAGCGGUCGACGAUGAUGUUCUUGACACCUACGGAGGAUACGACGUCGCGAUGGAAGGCUCGGUAAUCGAAUUUUCACUUGAUUAGAAUUAGUGACCCGAUUUGCUCUAACUGAGUUCCUUUAGACAUCUGUGCUCACCAUCAAGAAAGUCGAGCCAAUCAACUCGGCGAACUACUCGUGCGCACUUGCCGAGCCGGAUGUUAGUGUCACUUUUGUCAUCAAGGUUCAAGGUAUGUCAAGCCACUCAAGUUUCUGUUGAGAAAAUUCUUGAGAAACUAGCAAAAACACGAGAAAUUUGGCUAAUUUUAGUGGUUUUAUGCAAACUAGCUAGUAUGUCUCGAAAUGUUAUGUAUAGGGGCUUAGGAUUGAGGCGAAAUGCGACUUGACUUAUCUGAAAUGUCCAUCACUGUCGUUAACCCCCUUCUUAUUAUUAGCCAUUUGUCAUUACACAAUGUCCCUUUCCUCUUGCUGCCCCCCCCCCCUUUUCUCACAGCUGUGCCCAAAAAUUUGCGAUCUUUUUCCAGUCAAACCACUGGUGGUCAUCUCCCCGGACACGGGUGUCUACCACGCGAGAGUCGGCGAGAAGAACCUGGUGAUCACGUGCCACGUCAAGGAAGGAAACCCCAAGCCAGGAGUCGUUUGGACCAAACAGGUUGGUGUGCGCAAUAAUCCACGCGUUCUAGAUAAUUGUUGGGUUGGCUCCAUUGACUUGACUCGAUUUCAUAAUCCUAUAAUAAUGGGUUCCGGUUGUAGGCGGCCAAAUUUCCGGAGGAUAUCAAGCGCGAGCACGGCGGCUCCAGAAUCAUCAUCACCGACGUCAAGAAGCACCACGCUGGAAAGUACAAUUGUCUGGCUGAGAAUAUUGCUGGAGUGGACCGUGCUACAAUCGAUAUUCAAGUCGCUGGUAAGAAAGUUUAACCGAAAUUUUGAUGGUUUUUGAAGUGUGUGCUCUUUGAGUUUGUGCAACCAACUUUUUGAUGUAACAACGUAAUGUUAGUGAUAUUGAGAGAGAGAGAGAGAGUUGGAUAUCAAAUCAUUAAUCACUUUUGCGGUGUGUGACACUGAUAUCUUGAUACAUUGAAAGCCAAUCCGAGCAAAACAACACACAUUGCCAUCUAAUUUGUUUUUCUCGUUGACGUGACGUGUGCCAUCAAUCACUCAUCUCUUUUUCAGAGCCGCUCCAAGGAGAACGAGAAGGUGAGUAUUGCGAAAUCGUUCGGUGAAGUGAAAUGUCGUGUUGUGUUGUGUUUUGUGAAUGGGAACAUCUGCUCCGAGACAAGAAAUGCAUCCGCGCAGAGGUGUUGGAACAACAAAAGAGCGGGCACGGAGGAGGGGCAGCUGCAAUUUAUGAUGUAUUUUUGUUUAUCGUGACCAUCCUCCUUGCCCAUUUACAGUAGGAUAUUAAAAUUAAAAUUAAUCCUGUAACCGAAAAAUAGAAGAGUCAAUAGGCUAGAGACUAAUUGCUGAGGGGGGAUUUAGAAGAUUUAGGUUUAGAGCUCCCCAAAGAUAUUGUGGGCCAACAGAUGGUUGAUCGAAUAGGAUCGAAUAGGUGACAGUUUGUGCGCGUGCCGGGGACCGAUUGAGAUUGACAAAAUGAUGUGCAUUUGCGAUUAUCCGAUCCAACACGCCAGACCAUAUGGGUGGGAAACCCGAAAAAAGAUGCCUAUGUCUCUGUCUGGUCUACUAGCACAUUUUUGGUUUAAAAGGAUCUAGGGGAACACAUUAAAUGUUUGAAAACCUGAAUUUCAACUUCAUUCGCCCAAAAAAAGGUUUCAUCUUCCGUUCAAACUACAUGUAUAACCAAACCAACACCUCUUUGGUUCAGUUCAGUACUCUGAUCUCUUUAAAAAACGAUGGUACUUCAGUUGGAUCAGUUCCCCUCACCUGGGCCCGAAUUUCUUUCCCCCAAUUCCUAUAAAAGCUCUCUAUUUUCAGAGAAACCAUGGGUGAAGAACGAGGAUGCGUUCAUUCCAGUCCGCAAGGGCCAAAACGCCUCAUUUUGGUGUACUUAUGACGGAACUCCAGUGCCGCAAGUUGAGUGGCUCUUCAAUGGAUACAAGAUUAACGUAUGUCACGCAAUGCAAUGCCCCUUUCAAUAAUGAUGAUGAAUAAUGACGGCAUCUUUCAGUUCAAUGACGGAAAGUUCAAGCUGACCUCGGAGACGGCUCAACGUCUCAACGGCUACAGCAAAUCGACGCUCACUGUCGGCGACAUUUCUGAAGAGGCGUUCGGCGACUACGCGUGCCGCAUUUCCAACAAACUUGGAUCUGUGACCGCUGUGGUGCACGUUAGUGGUGCGUGAUGACAUUUUGUUGAUGUGUAUGGAGGGGGGUGUAGUAAUUGGCAAUCAUUUUCUCCAUGUCGAGUCAGGAAGAGGAAGACAUGUCAGGAAUAAUUCACCUGCGAGCACCUUAUUAUUCGCACCAGGCUCCUCGAGCUGAGCCACCUUUUGAAUGAGCCGGCGGCGACAAAUUUACAUAAUGAAUUAGUACCGGAGCAAACGGGGGGAAACGAAAAGGGAAAGGGGAUAGGAAACACAAGGUGACUUACAUGAGGAAAAUAUGUAAUUGGUUCGGUUUUCAGGAAGACCAGGUCCGCCACAACUCACUCUGGACGGAACCGAACUCUCGUGGACUGUCAGAACCUACGACAAACUUUUGGAGUAUCAACUGUGUCACAGACUCGAGAACGCCGAUCACUUUCUGCCAGAGGAUUGCGAUAGUGUUCGUGUGAAGAAGAGCGACAAUAAUGGAGAUGACAAGUGGAGCCAUACUGUGGAUCUGACCAACUACCUGCAGCAGGGACCAAAGUAUCAUGUGCAGUUGAAGGCCCGAAACGGUCUUGGAUGGGGAAGCAUGGCUAAAGACGCGCUGGCUGUUGAGUUGCAGCGUGUGGAGAAAGGUGAGCUUCAAAGUUCCCCGAGAUUUUUUCCAAGGCUUGUCUAGGCUUUUUGGAAGCCUGCCGAGGCCUGAACUACUGAUCCACUUGCAAUAAUCCGGUAGCACCCUAACUUUUCAGGCUUCUUGGUUGAAGUAUUAUCUUGAAUCCAUGUUUCAGACCGAUAUGAUUAUUUACUCUCGAGAUAUUAGGAUCAGAGCAUGUAAAGGCAGUUUUUUGCAAAAAUUUCGUUCUUUUUGGCCUGAUAUCCACAUAUCUCGAGACCAGAUAAUCCGGUCUGAAUCUUGAACCAAAUCUAUUUCAAUCCAGGUCCGAGAAGUCUACAAAGCUUAGGCCCGAUCGGAUUAUUGUAACUGGGCAAUAGUUCAGUCUCUUUCUGCUCAAUUCAGAGUUUUUCCAUAAACAUUAUUGUUUUUUCAGAAGAAAUCAAAGGAUCUCCCAUCAUUUCCGCCAUAUCCUCGAUUCUGGUCACUAUCCUCGCCAUCAAUCUUUUCUAA